AUGGUUUCAUCUCAUAGCUCAACGAAAGAUUAUGAACAAGUUAAAUGGGAAAUUGUCAGUCCAAGCACUGAACAUAUUCCAUGUGCCAGAGAAUUUCCCUGUAUUUCCUAUGAUAAGGGCAAUCAGUGUGUCUAUUUGUUUGGAGGAUUUGGAGAUGGGCAGAGAGGUGGCUAUUUGAAUGAUUUUUGGAAAUUUGAUUUGAAAUCAAGGGAAUGGAUAAAUAUAGAAACAACUGGAAGUAUUCCUUCAGCAAGAUGUGGAUGUUCUGGAAGUUAUGCAGCAUCUAGAGAAAAGUUCUUUGUUUUUGGAGGGUAUCACGGUGAUUAUUUGAAUGAUUUUUAUGAAUUGGAUUUGAAAACUAGGGAAUGGAAAGCACUCAAUUAUACACACGAUAUUCCAUCCUUGACAGUUCUAACUCUGAAUAAUGACAUAUCUGACAAUUAUUUAACAAUAUUUGGCGGAUUCAAUUCACGUCUUUAUACAACCAAUAUGUAUCAUUACAAUCUUGAUACCCAACAGUGGAAAACUGCAGCAACUGAGCUGAUAAAUAUAAAGGGAGAAGGUUCUUCACAUUCGAGGUGCCUUACAUUGAGAGGAAAAUACAAGAAUAACAUUCCAAAUAGGAAUAAUUUCCUCAUACUUUUUCAUGACGCUGGUGCAAAUAUAUUCGAAUAUGACGAGGAAGAAUCCCAGCUCAUUAAAUACCAACCAACACAAGAAUUACAAGAAAUAUUCAGAACAUUAGAGGCCAAGUUUAUUGCUGAAAUCAAUGAAAAUACUCUUCUAAUAUUGGGAAAAUCAACACUAUCCCUUAUUGAAAGUAGAAAAUUCCAACCAACCAAAAGUUUGGACUAUUUUACUCAAAAUUUGAAAGAAAGAACCAAAUACUUCUCUGAUAUAGUAUUCCUCUAG